AUGAUUGUCGAAGGAGAGGAUUGGAUCAAACUUAACUCCAUUUGUCCAUUGGAUCCAAUGGACACGCAAAAGUCCAAUGGAAAAUUGGAGGUCCAUUUGAUCCAUUUGACAAAUGGAAUGUCCAAUGGCCUUUUGAUUUUUCCAUCGGACAUCUUGCAUAGGUAUUGGACAUGUAUGCGAUUUAUCCCCAAUUAUUCCAACAUCACCGAAUCCCCCCGUACGCUUACCAAAUCCGAUCAGCCCUGGACAUGGACACCACAGCAUCAAAACGCUUUUGAUCAGCUGAAGCAUCUUCUCACCAACGAUACCGUUCUCUCGUACUUCAACCCCAACAAAGAAGCUACCAUAAUUGUCAAUGCCAGCCCUGUUUGUCUUGGUACUAUUCUUUGCCAAAACAACUAUGUUGUUGCCUAUGCCAGUCGUUCUCUCACUCCCGUAGAACAACGGUUUUCCCAAACAGAACGAGAAGCCCUCGGUGUACUGUUUGCUUGUGAACAUUUUCAUCUUUGCAUAUACGGCGCGAAAUUCAAUGUCAUCACAGGUCACAAACAUCUUGAACGCAUCAUUACCAAUCCCGCUGCUCGUUCCAAUGCCCGAUUAGAACGCUGGGCCCUCAAGCUUCAACCAUACCACUUCACCAUUUCCUAUUCUCCUGGCAAAACCAACCCCGCUGAUUAUCUGUCCCGUCACCCUCUAGCUACAACCCACCCUUCCACUGCAUCCAACCAGGCUGAAGAAUAUAUCGCGUUCUUAGCAGAUCAUACCACCCCAAAAGCUAUGACCGUUUCUGAAGUGAAACAAUCCACCCGUGCCGACCACACUCUGCAAGCCGUCAUCGAAGCCCUCCGUAACUACUUCUGGCACUCAACGUUUGAGACACCCAGUCCCCUUUUCCACUCCCUGCAGGACCUCCACGCUCUCUACAAUAUCCGCGACGAACUGAGUGUUUCUGAUGAUCACGAUCUCCUCCUUCGCUCUCACCGUCUAAUCCUCCCACAUGCCCUUCGUAAACGUGUUCUCCACAUCGUCCACGAAGGUCAUCAAGGCCUUACCAAAACCAAACAGCUGCUCUGCGAAAAAUUUGGUUCCCUGGAAUCGAUGGACUUACGAAAAAGCUAA